AUGGGAACUGUAUCGGCCUGCAAUCGUUCUUAUUAUAAUCUUGAUGAUAUAUGGCGUUUAUCACGUUGGAUUGUUUAUUUUACAAAUUGUACUAAAGAUAAAACAUCCUCUGGUAUAUCACUUAAGCCAUUUCAAUUAUCACCAAAUUUAAAUGAAAUAAAAAUUGAUCAAUCACCAUCUUUAGCAUCUUCAUUAAAUUCAAAUGAAUAUUUAAUAAAACAAAAUAUUAAUUGUUUUAUUAAUAAUGAAGAUAAUACAAUUGAAUUAACACUUUGUCGAUCGUUAUUAACAUCAAAUACAUAUAUAUUUCAUCAACAAGAUAUUUUUUUUAAAUCAAAUCCAUUAUUACAUUUUGCUUAG